GAUGAAACGAUCUAGCAGGAGAGUAGAAUUUAUCGAAAACAAGAAGAAGUGCAGCAAGUCAUUCAUGAAACGAAGGAGCGGACUCGUAAACAAGGCUCGUGAAUUAUCAAUCCUCUGUGGAGUUGAUGCUUGUAUGAUAAUCAAUGCAGGGGAAAAUAAGAACAAUGAUGAUCCGGGAGAUUUUAUGUGGUCUUCGUCGUCUGAUUCUGGCGCUACUGCUCGAAAACUGAUAAAUAAGUAUCGAGAGGAUGAGAAGAAAGUGGUCUACAGUGUUUCAAAUUAUUUUGUGGACAAGACGAGGAAAGCUGAGAAGGACUUGGCGAGUCUGAAGAAGAAAAGUAGGGAAGAUUGUAAGCUGUCGACAUGGAAUCCAAAGUUUGAGAAUAUGAAGGAACAUGAGUUGAGGGAUUUGGUUAAUGACUUGGAGAUUAAGAUUUAUGAUCUGAAGAGACAGAGAUUGAUGAAGAACAAAAGGAUAAAGACGGGAACUGAUAGUAUUGAUUUCCCAAGCCUAGAAGUUGAUCAUGGAUCGUGGAGUAAUGGUGAUAAUAAUUUUCAACCAAAAUUUACGAUGGAGCCAAACUACAUAUGUCCACCGACGAUGAACUCAGUGCAUUGUAAUAGCAGCAAUUAUGAUUCUGAGGCGAUUGUUAGGAAUCAGAUGAAUUAUUGUGUUCAGCCAAUUGCUAUGAUCAAACCAGAUGCGAUGUUUGAUCAUUGUACUUCUAUGGGAUUGCAGCCACAGUUUUGUGAUGAUUCGAGGCGAUUUGGUAACUACAACUCAGGAGCACAAGCAGAGGCCAAGGCGUUUUCUUAUUCCUCUCUUCUGAUGAAUCCUGGAAUGAUGAGUUCUGAUCUGCCUGUCUCUUUGGUUUAUGAUCACAAUGCGUUCAACUUUUAGGUGUUCGAUUGGUAGUCAUUGCAACAGGCUUAUGCUUAUAUAAAUCAUUUUGAAAACUGUAUUUUAACAUCUGAUAUUCCCUCCUUCGAUGCUUGAGCAAUCAACAAAUGAAGAUGUUUCUUCCGGGGUGCAGUAUUCUGAACAGCUAGAUCUACUCUACAAUUUUCAGUGAUGAUACACUGAAAGACAU